GGAAAUGUUAGGAAGGACGAGAUCCUGACUACCCAUUUACUAUUUUUUUGAAUUUACAAUUGAAUGGAUAAAUGGAUUACACAGUUUAUUCCGGCAAGGGACGAAAUGAAUAAAUUACUGUAAAAGCUAUUAAAUCCAACCUGGAUGGGUGUUCCAUGUUCAUCUGUCUUACAGUUCAAGCUCACUUGGGAUCAGAAAAUUUCCUACAGUGAUUAAGAAUGCCUGGGGGUGAAGUGCACAAGACGUUCAAGAUAUUUUGUGGUAAUCUCGCUGGGGCAGCAACAAAAGAUGAUUUAUACUAUCUCUUUUCACAAUAUGGGCCAGUUAUUGAGGCUGUGGUCAUGGUUGGCAAAUUCUAUGGGUUUGUGCACAUGGCUUAUGAGGAGGAUGGAUGGAAGGCAAUAUGUGAACUUCGGGGCUACUUUCUUCAUGGAAAAGCGAUGGCUGUAGAAGCUUCAAUCAAUGCUAAGAAAGCAGCUCCUGUCUUCAAGCAGAAUAUAAUAGGGAAAGGGAUAACUACACUAGAUGAUUUUAACGACUUUAGCACAUCUAAAUCAAAAGCACUGGAAUCACGAGAACGACACCAUCGGCCAGAACAUUUCCCUUCGUUCAAACAACAACCCGAAACCUCACCGAACCUACCGACUCCCUCUGGCUUAUUUUCGUAUCCGCCUCCCUUUCCCACUUCGGUGAGCAGUAGUCAGCCAUCUCCAAUAGGUCAAACCCCACCGCCAAUGUCACGAGCUUCGCCUAUGCCCGAUUUCCAGCCCAUGAAAACGUAUGAGACCAUUAAAGAAAGACAGUCUCCUCUGGCAAAAAUGCAGGCAGUUGAUGCUAAUUCUAACCCAAUACAAGAAUCCAAUAAUGAGAGGAUGCAGAAAAACUCAGCAGCGUUGUGUAAUUUAUGCGGAGCCACGUACGAUGAGUGGCAACACAAACCCAAGAUUCUCAGCUGUGGUCAUACCUUCUGCUGUGACUGUCUAAUGAGUAUAGCUCUUGAUAUCGAAGUCAAGUGUCCUGUUGGUUGUCCCUAUACCACCGCACUAACCGAGGCUGGUAUAUCUGGUUUAACAACAAAUUACACUGUGCCAAUUAAAAAGCUUAUCGGUAGUAACAUAUCUCCGUCUCUGCCAAUCCUCGCUCAUAGUUAUGGCCAACAAAAUGGUGCACAAAGGCCAGGCAACAGCCCCUCACACAUGGUAUGUUGCACCUGUCCAAAAAUUGUGGCGAAUGACUUGUGCAGUAGUCAGAAUCACCAGCUAAUUCCUGAAGACCAAGCUCGAGACAUUCUCCGUGGUCAUCUUCAAAGCUCUCAAGAAAUAACCUUUAAGCAGCUGCGACGUACUAUGACUAUGAGAGCCACUGUAAAGGAACGGCUCGAACGCACUGUUCUCAGCGUAGAGAAAUUUUUGGAAGAGCUUCGUAGAAAGGUCGAAGGAGAGCAGCUGGAAGAAGCAGUAUUACAGGAGCACUUAGCUGACCUAACUGUGGCCAGUGAGGCCCUCUCUGAGAGUACAUCAAUAUCACAAUUAAUUGAAUCCCUCCAGAAAGUUCAUUCGUACAGCUCAAUAAUCUCAACGCAAUUCAAUCAGUGUGCCGCAAUAACAGCUAUCAACAAUGCAACAGAAGCAAUCGUCAUUAAAUUGAAACAGUCUGCAUUGGAUGGAGUGCUAACUACCAUAGGAUUUAGAAAUGAAGAAGCUUUUGCAAUGACCUCAUCAUUAGAGGAGCAUGCCUUAUUUGGGAAUAAUGCCAAUGUACUCCUCCUCUACAUGCUGUCAGACCUACUAUCUACCAGAAUGAUGCAGUUAAGUACAGUUAGUCCAGUUAGUCCACUUAGUCCUAGCCAGCAACCACCCCUUUCUGCUUCCAGCCCCCUGCAGGCCAACAUGACCCCAUCAGUAGCAUCCACAAACAUCCUUGAGGAGAGCCUUGGGCAUGGUCUUGGUCUAACUCCUGGUAAAUUAAAUGAAAUGAAAAGCUAUGAAGUAAGUAAAUUAAAUGAAAUGAAAAGCCAUGAAAUGAGUAAUAUAAAUGAACACAUUUUACAGAUGACCGAAGCAAUAGAAGCAGGGUCAUUGUUAAGUACCAAUGAUGGUAUGUCUGUUAUGUCUGCAGGUGCCACUGGUAUAGGGCCGAAUUCUGUGUCUUCAGCUCUUUCUUUAGGGUUGACUAAUCUUUCUUUACUUGCCUCUGAACCCUCUGAAAAUGGGAAAGAUGAAAUAGAGUCAUUAACAGAUAAGAAAGAACCACUUCCAGUAUCCUAUGUUGAUGCUGCAAAAAGGCCAGCUAAGCCCACCCCUCCGCCUGAGAAUCCCCCCAAAAUGCCAGUACCAAAGCCAAUUGCACCACUAGUUAGGCCUGGGAAAUUUCCUCAUUGCUGGAUGGUAUUAUCCAUUAAUGGAGUAAUUGCUGGUCGCAUUCUAUUUGAACUUCGUCCGGAUAAAGCCCCUAGAAUGUGUGACAACUUUGUCGCACUCUGCACUGGCAGAAGUGGCUAUGGAUACAAAGGUACCCAUUUUUUCAAGAGUGGGGAAGGCUUUCUUGCUGGUGGAGAUGUGGAGAAUGAUGAUGGUACUGGUGGAUAUUCAGCUUUUGAUAAGAAUACCUUUGAAGCUGAUCUCUGUCCAUUAAAGGAUGAGGUUGGCAUGGUAAGAUUCAAGGGCAUUGGUACUAGCGACAAUGGACGGGGCAUGAUCGGCUCUCAGUUCAUGAUAUGGUGUGGGGAUAGGGAAUUCAAGAAGUUUUCCUACAGUCUUGUGUUUGGUAAAGUAGUGGAUGGAUUAGACGUUGCUAAGAAAGCUGCAGCGAUCAAUGUUCACAGGGUGUCUGUUAAAGUUGAGCAGUGUGGUGCAAUCUAACUACUAUUUUUUUGUAAUAUAUUUGUAUAAUCAAUAUGUCCAACAAUUUUGUAUUUACAGUACAGUUCAAUUAAUUCAGUUAUGAAUCUUAAGGAUAAGAACAGUACAUGUAUAAGAAUUUUCAGUGAAGCAUUUACUUUUUUCUAGAAGUGCCUUACAGUGUGCCUUUUAUGUGGCAUCACAUGUUUCCAUUUUUCCUUUUUUUUUGAUAAGCUUGAAAGAUCAAUUUUAAUUAACAUGAAAAAACAUAUUCACUUGUUUAAAAAGAUCUUACAGGUGUAGUCAGAAAAUAGAAAUUUUGUUAGGAUGUAAGUGCAACAAUCAAGUGGAGGAAAAGUAAAAAAAAAAAAAUUGUAUAUCCCAUGGGAGAGCUAUGUUUAAAUAAUUCUUUAGAUAAUUUGUGUACUGAUGCUUUAAGAAUGCUUGUUAAUAAGACAAAACUUACUCUUGAUAAAACUGCGUCCAUUAAGGAUUAAGUUUUCUCUUUCUACGUGUGGAUAAUAGUACUUUCUCCGUUCCGGUAUAAAAAAAAAAUAUUUGCGGUUAAAUGUAAGAUUAUACUGUAUAUAUCUAAGUUACUUAUUGUCCUUUAUUCACUUGAUUAGUUUUGUGUGGUGGACUCAUCUAAAUAUGCAACUUGACACUGAUUAAGAUGGCAGCCCAAGAGUACGAAUGAACCACACUAAUCUAAGACUGUCACUCAGUAGUGUUUUGGGGCUCUAUAUUGCACAGAGCACGACAUGAGUUCAUAUGUUGUUGAUUGUGCGUGCAUCUUGUAUACUGGAGUUCUUGAAAUUUUUUAUUCAUAUGGUUUAGUACAGAGCACAGUACGUAAAGUUAUGAGUUUGAAGGAAGAUAUUUCAUACUUGUAGCUUUGUGAAUGUAGAGCUCAUGGCACAAGUGUGAGUAUCUUCUGGUAUGCUUAGACUGAUUGUUGUUCCCACACUGGAUAUAAAUGUUGUAGAAGUGUGUAUGUUGCUGCCUUCACUGGCAACUUUGCCACACCUUAAUACUUUUCAUGAAACUGCAAUAAUUUGCUCAAUGUCUUUGUAUCUCGUAUAAGCACACUUGUGACAUCAUACUAAAUUUUUAGUCAUAAUCGUACAAUCACCAAAGCAUUGUAUUGAAAUUCAGUUAAGCAAUAAGGGGCCAAGCUUUGGGUAAACUUUCGUCAUGAUAUGUACUGUACGUCACCCUGAAGCCUGGUAUUGAAAUUCAAGAAUAAGGGGCCAAGUUUCCAAAUAAUAUUUGUUUUUGUGGUACGUACAUAUCUACUUGACUUUUAAGCUUAGAAAAUAUACGGCUAUUACCAGUUGUACAUUUCCCAGGGGAUUUGUUGUUGAUAUACUAAUUUCAAUAAAAUUCGAUUGUGGGUAUUUGCUGUUUUGGUCUUUAAAAAGAAUUCACUUAAUUUGACCAGGUACAGUAUUUAGUACAAUUUGUGAAUUUCUUUUUAAUUAUAUUGAAUGGACAUUUUGAUAAAAUGGAACUUUUUAUACCAAUUUAGACUAAUAGUAAAGGAUUGUAUUAACAGUUCGUCAAUCCAAAAUAUUGUAAUCAACCAUGUUUUUUGUUUGUUUUUUACAAGUAUAAUAAAUACGAUGCACGCAUCUUAA